AUGGAUUAUAAUGAUGAUAACAAUCCGUUUGCUGACUCGUCAAUUCGACAAGCAACAGCUGCAUCCUAUGCAACUCAACCUGCAUUUAAUGAAUACAAUCCAUUUACAAAUACUACGAUACCGGCUCGACCUGCUCCACCACCACAACAGCCAAAUAUUCCUGCUGUUUUACCACCCACACAACUACCAUCUUAUACAUCUUUACCAACACCAUAUACACCCACACUAUCAACAGAAAAAUAUGGCUAUGAUACAAAACCAGCACCAGUACCAGCACCAGCAGCAGCUCGUAUUGAUCUUAGCCAAAUUGAACGACAACAACAAGAACUGGAAGAACGUGAAAAACGUCUUGCUGAACGUGAACGAGCAAUUACGAAUACAUCACUAGCUGGAUUACGGGUCAAUAAUUUCCCACCAUUACCAACAAUAUGUCCAUGUCGACCAUGCUUUUAUCAAGAUAUAAAUAUCGAGAUUCCGACUCAAUUUCAACUUUGGGUUCGUUAUAUUUACUAUCUAUGGCUUCUUUAUUCGUUAACAUUGUUUUUGAAUGUUAUUGCUGCAUUAUCUUAUUUUGUGGUUGACAAAGCCGGUGCAGCUACUUUUGGUUUAUCAAUUGUUUACUGCGUUUUAUUCAUACCAGCAUCAUAUGUUUGUUGGUUUCGACCAAUAUAUCGAGCAUUCAGAGAAGACAGUGCAUCAAGUUUUAUGAUCUUUUUUCUUAUCUUCUUCAUUCAACUUAUCAUAACAGUAUUACAAGUUUUUGGUGUUGCUAAUCUUGGAUGUGGCUUCAUACUUAUGUUUAAAUUAUUCGCAGCAGGCGGAAGCAAAAUUGGAGUUGGUCUUCUAGUCAUGAUUGUUACAUUUAGCUUUGCUGUAAUUGCUCUCGCCGGUGGUUUAUUAUUGAUCCAGGUUCAUCGAUUGUAUCGACAAACAGGCGCAAGUCUAGAACAAGCUCAGAAAGAAUUUCAAACGGCUUUUGUGAAUAAUCCAACUGUUCGUGGAGCAGCUCGUGAAGCAGCAACAGCCGGUAUCAACGAAGCAUUACGAAGUGAUGGCAGUCAACAGAAACCAAUCUAUUAA